UGCUAAUAUGUGUGUGGCAGAAGCGUUCAGACCUGCACAGGAGUUAACAGACAUGAAGAUACUCGUGUUCAGUCUCUUUGGUUUAACUCCACUGUGAGUCAGUGACAGCAGGACUGUAUUUCAACACUGUGAGCCAGAAGAGUUUAGCAAAGAGGAAAAGGAAGAGGUGGAGCUGUUUAUCUUUUAAAAGCUCUUUAAGAGCACAAGAUAGAGACACAAAAUCAGACACAACAGAAGAUCUCACUGCGUCUCUGACCGCUGAAGAAUGUACAGAUUCACAGGAGCGAGAGAUUUAUCAUCAGUGAAGAUGAUGAAGACCCUUCUCUUCUUCACAAUCUGCCUGAUUAUAGGUCACAUGGGUGAUGAUGCUGACGCUGUGACUGGCAUCUCAAGAGGAAGUGUCAUCAUCCACUGUAAAUAUAACCCUGAAAAAACUAAAGAAAGUGCAAAAAGAUUUUGCAAAGUGUCAGGCAGUAGAUGUACAACCAUGACAGAAGAAAAGAUUGAUUUAUGGAUCCCAGGAGAGAGAUUCUCUCUGACUGAUGAUAAAACUCUGGGUUUGAUUAGUGUGCUCAUUAGAAACCUGACUGUAAACGACAGCGGGACGUACAGAUGUGAAGCUGACAGUAAAUCCAUUCAGGAGAAGAAAUUAGAAGUGACAGAAGAGUCGUGUUGUGGGACGUCAGAGGAACAGACUGCUUAUUUAGGAGGGACUGCUGUCAUCCGCUGUAGAUAUCCAGAGAUAUAUAACGAUCAUAUCAAGCAGCUGUUUAAACUCCAGAAUGGAUCACUGCAGUCUUGUUUCACACCUCGAAGUGUAAUCGAUCCUAGAUUCUCUCUGGAUGAGAACAAACAGGAGCAAGUCUUUACUGUGACUAUCGUGAACGUGAGCAGACAUGAUGAUGGGGUUUAUUUCUGUGGAGCACACGUCACAAACAACGAUCCUACAAAGAUCAGCUACAGUCCACUUCUCACUGAGAUUCAGCUUCAUGUCACAGAUCAAGAGCAAAGAGAUGCUUCAGUCCUGUCUGAUCUCCACGUCAUCAUCAUUACAGUGUGUGUGUGUUUGGUUCUGGUGUUAGCCGGAGGACUGAGUGUGUUGUUGCUCAAGCGGAGGUGUAAGAAAACACAAGGCUCAGGCUCGUCAGAUCAGAGGAGCACAGGAGAUAAUGAUGAGGUAGUUUCUUCUGUUUAUUAUGCAACGAUCGCAGACUCUGGGAACACAUCAUUACACCCAUCUGCUCAGAAACCUCUCAGAUUAAACACAGUUUAUGACACGGCACAUUUACCCACAAACCCCUCUGACAGUGACUUCUACUCAUUGGCUGAACAGACCAAAAUAUGACUUUAUAUGAAUACUGUUUGUAACUAUUUUGCCAGUGUUUUUUUUUUUUUUUUUGUAAUUUCGGAUGAUCUGUUUGGUUCAAUAAAAUAAUCAACAGUG